CUCUCUUUUUGCCUCAAUUGUAGAUCCGCCAUACGAUCAAGGUGAAGUUUCUCUCUCCCCCCCCUCUCUCUCUAGUCGUCUUUCGCUAUCUCGUUGUUGUUGUUGUUGUUGUUGUUGUUGUUGUUUUAUCAUGGGUAAUUGAGAUGCUUAAACAUUACUCUGAUCCACACACCAGCAGUGCAUCCAUUCAAGAUGGAACACAGAUGUAGGAGUAUUAUAAGUUUUGACAGGCCCUUCUUUUUAGCAAUUUCUUUUUGGGUGCCUGAAGUGGUGUCUUUCUAUGUUUAUGCCUAGGGCUGCAAGCGAACCGAGCUUUUCGCAAGCAGCGCUAGGCUCGGUUCAUUAUGGGUUUGGCUCGGCUCGUUAGCAUUUUUGGGGGCUUUUUAUGAUCGUUUGGUAAAGGAUUCGAGUUUUGAGUUAGUUGUGACUCUGCUUCUUUGUAGAAGCUCGGCUUGUUAACAGAUGCUUGUUAAAGUAAAAGAACCAAGCUAGAACUCCUCGAUGCCAAAAGUGCCUAGCUCGAGCUAGGCUAGUUUUGAAAAAAAUUUUAAAGCUCGGCUCAUUUGCAGCCAUACUUCUUCCCUGGGCUGGCACUGCUACGAGUCUAUGGUCUACGGUUAGGUGUUGUGAUUUCCGCAGUUCAUACUGUGCAUUGUUUCCCUCAAAGACAUGGAUUAGGCACAUAGUGCUUGAUUAGCAUGGCUACUCUUAGAAAUCUGAAAAUCAAGACGUCUACUUGCAAACGUAUUGUUAAGGAGCUAAAUUCCUAUGAGAAAGAGGUUGAGAGAGAAGCUGCAAAGACUACUGAUAUGAAGGACAAAGGAGCUGAUCCUUAUGACCUUAAACAACAGGAAAGUGUGCUGGCUGAAUCCAGGAUGAUGAUUCCUGAUUGUCACAAACGUCUGGAGGUUGCAUUAACUGACCUGAAAGGAACCUUGGCUGAGUUGGAAGAGUCAGAUCACAAGGAAGGGCAAGAAAUCGACGAAGCUCGAAGCACAAUAGCAGAGGUUGAACAGUUAUUUCAAGAGACAGAUGUAUAGUCCAUCUGCUAUGCAAAAGAACCUGUGUUUGUAGUUUGUUUUAGUUUCUUAUUUUUGUGUUGAGUAUUCGUACAACACUUAUGGGAAUCAAGCCCUUGGGCGAUGGGUUUUGAAACAUUUUACGUUUCUGAAGUUUGACUUGCCUUUUAUUAUGCUUUAGAGAGUUAUAUAAGAUCAGGGAUUGCUCUAACUUGAAUAGAUAUGUUGAGUGUAGAUAUAAUCGUACACUCAGAGGUCUUGUGUUCAAUACAAGUCUUGUGUUCGAUUCUGCUCGAAA